CCUCCCUUCUACCAACUCCCACUUGCUCAGCAUCCACCCAUACCAACCAUCGCCACUGCUGCAACGCCCACAGCGUUGCACAUCGAGGGCAUCAUCGCGCCGACAUGGCCCCUCGAUCAGCCUCUCAGUCAGCCACCCCAGCCGCUGGCCAUUCAUCUCCUUCGCCAGCAGGGACAAGCGACCCGACUCAGUUGCCUUCGGUGUCUCCCGGCGGCACAUAUUCCCUCGAAUCCAUUCGACCAGGAUGUAAGAUCUUUGUACAGAAGCCCGACGCCGCAACUGGAGAAAUCGAACAACGGCGCGCCGAAGUCCUAUCGCGGCGUGAGAAGUACAGGGGCAGGGUGAAGAGGGGCGAAGAGAAGCCAGAAGUAAAGGUAGAGGACAAGUAUGAGUACUAUGUCCACUAUGAAGAAUUCAACAAGAGGCUGGACGAGUGGGUGGGCGGUGGAAGAUUGAUCAUCAGCAGGGAGGUGGAAUGGCCCAAACCCGCAGAUGCUAUGGCUGCCAGUGGACACGGUCAUGGCCAUGGUGGUGCCUCUGGCGCAGGACAGAAGAAGAAGGCUGCAAACAGCAGAAGCGGAUCGAGUACACCAGCGAACAAGGUAGCGGGAGAAGCGCCCAAGGACGAUCUUCUGAGGAAGGCUGCGAGGAAAGCGGCCAAUGAAGCUGCUUCCCAAGCCGCUACUCAGCAGCAGCCUUCCGGCCCAGAGACGCCCAGCAAGAGGAGACAUGGCGAGGCAGACGGAGGGGACGGGUCGUCUGAUGAAGACGGAGAUGGCGAAAGCGAAGAUUCGCCCAUGGCGAACGGGGAGAGCCCUUCGCAAUCCCAAGUAGACAACGACGAUGGAGCAGUGGUGGCCAUGGAACUCUUAGGGGAUGAAUCGAUGGACGUCUCCCAACAGGGAGGUGCCGUUGCAACCGCCACUGCCCAAGCAAAUGGCGACGAUCCCGUCACGGCCAGCAACCAGCUCAAAAAGGAGCCCAUCAGCAAGGAAGCAGAGAUCGAGAAGCUCAGAACCUCUGGCUCAAUGACCCAGUCCGUCUCUGAAGUGGCUCGAGUCAAGAACUUCGACUGUAUCCGCAUGGGAGCCCAUGAGAUCGAGACGUGGUACUUUUCUCCAUACCCGAUCGAGUAUGCUUCGAUGGGUAUGCUACACAUUUGCGAAAUGUGCCUCUCCUACUACCCCUCUGCAUACUCACUGAAGCGACAUCGAACCAAGUGUACGCUCACCCAUCCGCCUGGAAACGAGAUUUAUCGCCACGAGGACAUCUCCUUCUUUGAGAUUGAUGGCAGGAAACAGAAGACAUGGUGUAGGAACCUCUGCCUCCUUUCCAAGUGCUUCCUGGACCACAAGACGCUCUACUACGAUGUGGAUCCGUUCCUCUACUACGUCAUGGUUCAGCGAGACGAUACGGGGUGCCACACCAUCGGUUACUUCUCGAAGGAAAAGGAGUCAGCAGAAGGAUACAAUGUGGCUUGUAUUCUGACACUGCCGCAGCACCAGCGAUCGGGCUUCGGUAGACUACUCAUCGACUUUUCCUACGAGUUGAGCAAGAGGGAACACAAGUUGGGAAGUCCCGAGAAGCCCCUGAGUGAUUUGGGUCUGCUCGGCUACAGGGCGUACUGGGCAGAGACAAUCGUAGGAUAUCUCCUAGACAAGGGAGACGGCGAAGAGACGUCUAUCGAUGAAGUUGCCUGGAAGACUUGCAUUACCCAUGCUGAUGUGCUGCAUACCUGCACAUCGCUGAAUAUGCUGAAGCAGUUCCAGGGCAAACAUUACCUCGUACUCAAUGACCAGGUCCUGGCAAAUCACGAGAAGCAAAUGGCGAAGAGGAAAAGGAGGAUCAAGGGCGAGAAUCUCAGUUGGAUACCGCCAGUCUUUUCUCGAGCACAAUUGCAAUUUGGCUGGUAGUGCCAUCUGCUGCCCGUUGCUCAUUUGCGCUACUGUACAUCUACGGAAGUGGUCAUAUAUCCCUGUACACCACCGCUUCAAGCAUCAUCCUCCGUCCCCCCUUGCCUUGCUACGCCAAGCUGUUGUAAUAUUAUACCAAUCCACCUCAUAAGCUUCCCUUGUUGACCUGACAUCGCCAAAGCACUUUGGAUCCACGACUCUUUACCUUGCGGCAGACUCCUUCUCCACUUCUGCAGGCGUCUUUGUCCUCAGAGACAGGGCAUGAAGACCGGAGGCGAACUCUGCGGGGAGGAGGGAGUUGAUGGACCGAUGCCUUGCUAUCUGCGUCUUUCCGCUGAAAUCAUCCGAGACGACUUCAAUGUAGAAGU